AUGCAGUGGAUGCAAACGCAGCAAAUCCGGCUCGAAGGCCUGGGCGACUCUGAGCUUGAGGACACCGAGGACAUCGAUACCAGUAUGAACGAGCUCAUGCAAUGCGUCCUAUACACAGAGAUCCGCAAGGACAUACGCCAGCUAGCAGACUCGCUGGAGACAGUGCAGUUCAAUCUGUUCAGCAGCCGGCAAAACACGUCGAUGGACCUGUCUGAGCCAGUAGAGCCCGACAGGAAAAAAUGCGCAGAGGCGUGGGAGAGGACACAGGAGAUUGCCAAGCAGCUGUAUGAAGCAUGCAUGGAGGUUGACGAGUGGCGACGCACGGCGGUGAUUGCCGGGUUUGUUGAGAAGCACCAGCCAGAGGACUGCUCGUCUGUGGAAUCGACGAGGUCGACAAAGUCGGUGCGGCUGCCGAUUGAGCAGAUAAUCAUGGAGGCGAGGGAGCGCCAGAGGCAAAGGAAGAGGGCGAGCAGCCUGGGCACGCAGCGUGCAGUGUCAGUGAACGGGGAUGCGUGGGGCGCAAGUCCGCCGCCAAUAAGCAGGCUGAUGCAGGCCGAGCUCGAGGCAAACGAGCUCCGUCCGCAGCCCAAGUCGCCGUUGCAUUCGAGCACCCCUGAUGCCGUUCUGUCACCAUCGGGCGACGCGCUGACGCAGCCAUUAGCGACAUUGCGGCUGGUGAACGACUCUGCAGACACAGAUACGCAUCGCCGGCGCACGUACUGCAAUGACGUGCGGAUUGUGGGCUGGACAACGACCGGUCGCGGACUGGACGUGCACACAGAGUUCAAGGUCUUUGCGCACCUCUCUGCUGGCGGCAAUGUGACAGUGAUGCGCCGGUACACCGACUUUGUCGUGCUGCGUGAGGUGCUGUGCGAGCGGUACCGGACAUUCCGGAAGCGUAUCCCACAUCUACCGCACAAGCAGGCGUUUGGCAAGUUUGAUGACCAGUUUUUGAAGAAGCGCGAGAGCGGGUUGCAAUUCUUCUUGGCAUACGUCGUGCUUCACCCGGUUAUUGGCGCAAGCACAGUUGUUCGCCAGUGGUUCGAGGGCGCACCAUAA